CCAACUUCUGCGCUGCGCCGCCAGCUCUGCCAUUGAUCGCUCGUUGCUGCUCUGCGCGCGCUGGGAUCGCUCGUAUCGCUGCACAGUCCUAGUGCUCUCCAACCUCCGGCCGCGUCCCAUGCAACAGUAAUUUGCGCCGCGAUUGGCCGCCGACGGGCCCAUUGGCACAUUUCACGACUGCACGCUCGGCCUGCCGACUCCUGUCUGAGCGCGCCCCCUCCCUCCCGCCGGCCGACGCCCUCCACAUGCGCCAGAACCGCCGCUGACCUCGCGAGGGGCGGCGCACGCCAGCAACCACGGCACUCGCCCAGGCACUCGCCCAGGCACUCGCCCACCAUGUCCAAGGACAAGCGGCGCAGCAUCUUCGGCAGCUCGCUCAGCGCCUUCACGAGCAUCACCCCCAAGAAGGACGACUCGCAGCCCGCGAACCUCCUGCGCAAGCGCCGCACCGCCUCGUUCCUGUCCACCCUGUCCGACGCCUCCGCCUACAGCGAGAAGACCAUCGACGAGAACGCCGUCGCCGAGACACCGCUGCCCGCCGCGCGCCCGCGCCCGCCUCUGCCCAACCGCGGCACCGGCAAGCGCGCCAGCUCGGUGUUUGGGUCGCUGACCUCCAAGUUCUACGACGAUGAGCCGCUGUCCGCGACCUCGACCCGCACGUCCAUGGGCUUCGACUUCCCCAUUGACGAGACACACAGCCGCCACGUGCUGCAGCAUGGCGAGGUCCAGACGAGCAGCUCCAUGUUCAGGAAGAAGCGGGAGCAUCUCGUGCUGACCGAGACGCAUCUGAUCCGCUUCAAGAGCCAGGCGAAAGCCUCCGAGGCCUUUCCCAGCGUGCCUUCCUCGCACAACACCACCAGCCGCCAGUCGACCUACCGCCACAGCCACAGUCCAUCCACAGGCUCGGCCCCCGCGCCUGAAGCCCCCUCGUUCGCCUCCGAUGCCUCGGGAGACCGCGACAUGGGCACGCCUCUGCGCCACAUCGUCGCCGUGUUCCAUGCUCCUGACGGAGGGCCGUACUUUGCCCUCGACGUCUACUAUCUCGACGACGAGACCAAUCAAGCCUCGUCAAUGACCCUGCAAUUCGGCGACCCGGACGAGAUGCGCACGUGGAUGUUCAAGAUACGUUUCACUUCGAACAACGCACGGUUAAACGACGCCAACCCGCUCUCCGCCUACAAUUCGCACCUCGCUGCUCGAGUCGUCGAGGCGGAGCGCGACUAUGUGCCGCCGCACUACGCCAUCUACAAGGUCGUACUGCGGGAGUCGGCCAAGACUGCGUCGUCGCGGGCAUCAUCCGAUGACCUGAGCAAGCUGCCUGCUUCUGUUUGUUUCCUCGCCAUUGGUGUGCACAAGGUACACUUGAUCCCCUUGUUCAAGCCGCCUUCUCAACGGUCCUCUAGUCCGUCAUUGGCUUCACUCAGCUCCCAGUCCUCGCAUGGCAUUCUCGCCCUCACCGAGUGUAUCCUCAGCGAGGUCGAUGACACCUUCCAGCUGACUUUCAGAAAACCACUGGAGAAACCCAAAACCUUCCAUCUAGCCUCCCUUGCAUCGCAUGAUAUCGCCGUCCGCCUGCGCUCCGUCGAAGAAGCCCUGCGGCCGGAAUGGGAAUCACGGCCAUAUCACUUUGGUGUCCCCGAAUCUGUCAAAGAGGACAUUAUGCGCCAACCGCAAGUCCACUCGAUGGAUCAGGAUUCGUUGGACCGCACGCUGAUUGGCUACUGUCUCGCAUACGGUGUACAGCCCGAGAAUAUCAGCUAUCAAGUUACAUAUCCGGAUGAAGAUUCGCCGCGCUUCGAAUUGCUGCAGCCCAUUGGACUGCGACGAGACCAGUACACGGUGCUUGAAUUACUUGCUGUCAUGCGAGCAUUACGAUAUAAUGAGACCUUUGCGGGCAUUUCCUUCAAAGAUGUGCAUCUGGACAUUCUCAACGGUUUGUUCGAUGAUUAUGGGCACGAACAUGUGUGCACGAAGACUAAAAGAGGGACGCACGCGCGUAUGGACAUCGAUGACUUAUCACGCUCAAGCGUACUCGUGCAAGAGAUCCGAGCUCUAGCCUUGACAAACCGCAAGUUGCGGCGCAUGGAUUUUUCGAAUUGCAUCAAGAAGAAACCCAAAGACUUCACAGAAGCAAAAUCAAGCGCCAGAGACUCGGGGUGUGGUAUAGUGGAAGCACUGUUUCCUCUCUGCAAGUACCAAACAACAAAUGUUGAUUGGAUCGCGUUGAAUGGUAUACAGCUUGGCGAGACAGACUUGGACUAUUUGGUAGCAGCGGCAGUUGAGCGAGAUUGCCAUCUGCGGGCUCUUGAGAUGAGUCGCUGCGGUCUUACUGAUCGCGCCUUGUCUCUUGUUUUAGAUUCCCUGCGCCCCCAAGAGAAUACUCUAGAGGCACUCAAUCUCUCCGCAAAUCCCUUCCGACUGUCACCCACUUUGUUCGACUCGCAAAUUGGUUGUUUUGCAUACCUCACAAAACUGGACUUGUCGCAUGUUGCGCGAACAUCCGGUCCUGAGCCCUUGAUAUCCGUCGAGACAUUGAACGUAAUGAGACUGCAAGAGCUGUGUUGGAGCGGCACUUCACUCAAUGCAGCGACCAUUGAUGCAAUAGCAGGAUACCUCAUCAAUACCAAGCAGUCCAAAGGGCUUCGAGAGCUGAAAUCCAUGACGGAUGAACCAGGCAAGGCUAGAGAUCUACACUUGGACGUUAGUGAAAACUACAUCGAGAAAGACCUCAAGAGCCUCACAAAGGCGAUUGCAUCCGGUCACGCUCCUACACACCUCACGAUUCGCUUACUUGAGUUCGAGGAAGAGUCAGACUUCCGCAAGAUGAUUCAGGCAUUGAGCCAAAACAAAACGAUCCGCCAGCUCGACAUUUCUCGUGCGUCUCUACCAAGUGAUGCCUCCGAGGAGACUUGCCAAGCACUGGAGCAGAUGUUUGCUGGCAACGAUACGUUGGAGUGGCUUGACAUGUCUGGAGAAGACUCCCGAUUGGAGACUACAAAACUUGGCGUUGGAGUCAACAGGGCGCUGCAAGGAUUGCAGUACAACAAAACCCUGCGCGUCUUGUACAUCAGAUACCAGAAGCUUGGCGUACAAGGUGCGAGCACCCUCGCAGACGUGCUCAAGACCAACAGCACCCUGCAAUACCUCUACUGCGAGAUGAACGACAUUGCGCUCAAUGGUUUCACUGACCUCGUCAAUUCUCUUCACCGCAACACCACACUGUUACACCUUCCCACAAUGCAGGAGUCCCGUCAAAUGGCGCUCAAGCGGACGGAAGACCAGGUCAAGCAGUUGCGCGAUGAUCAUUCCACUCAUACGACAUCCAAAUCUUCUGUCCGCAGCAAACUCGCCAGCAAAGCUAGCAAGGUCACCUCCAAGACCGGUCGAGAUCGGGGUCCCUCUAUUGGCCUUUCUGAUCAGGACAUCAAAGCUGCGUUAGGUCUGGUUGAUGAAAGCUGGUCACGCCAAGAGUACCGGCUACAGCAAUACCUCCAGCGGAAUCAUGAUAUCGCUAAUGGUCUUCCCGUCUCCAUGGAUGUUGGCGACGAAGAUUUUGAACGCAAUCGCCCAGACACGGCAUCUAGUCUAAGUAGGGUCAUCGAACAGGUCACCAUGGACAGCACGCCCACCAUGGAAAAGGACCUUCAACUAGGCGCUUCCACACCAGGUUCUUUCUUCGAGUCACCAGGAAGUACGCCAGGUAGCACUCCAGGUCUCCGAAUGGCAAAGACACGACAUCUGCAUGCCCCGAAGGUAGACUACUUCAGCGGCAGCUUCACUUCCAGCCCCUCUGACACUCCCAACGGAACACCUUCCAUCGAGAAAGACAUCCAGGUCGAGCGCACCAUCGGCCGAGAGCGCCUGAACCUCAACCUAGACGUCACUAGUUUGGAGAAGGAGAUUGAGAUGAGUUUUGCGCAGAACCGGGACUCGUUUAUGUAGCAUCUGUCCGCGCUGCCCCCUGUAACAUUCAUCCUCAGCAUUUACAUUGACAUUUCAGGCGCACUGGCUUGGGCAUCUUGCAUCCGUGGCGUUGGUUUUGUGGUUUAUCAGCGAGCUACGACUCGGCAUUUUCACAGCAUAGAGCAACAAUCCAGCGGCUGAAUAGCUUGUACUUGGACAUUGUCGUUUACCACCCGUGCUUGAUGUGAUGUAUGUACUCUCCAAUUCGUCACGCGCUUGACGUCACGGAAAGCGCUGUAGCUAUUUCACG